CUUUGUUGGCAUCACUGGAGAAAGUAGAAGUAUUCGCCUGCUUCUUUGGAGCUUGUGCAUCCAACUUGCCGAAAUAUAUAAUAAGUCGAUAUAUUUCUCAGAGGAGUUCUCAGGUCUGUUAAAUGAGUUUACUUCAAUGCUGGAGCUUGCUACAGAAGACAAGCCUCUGUUAAUUAGUUUGGAUGGUUUGGAAGAAUUAUCUGAUGACUACAAUGCUCAAAAUCUAUCCUGGUUUCCCAGAGAACUGCCAAAGAAUGUCUAUAUCAUUGUAUCCAUGACAGUUGAGGAGAAUCAGGCAGCACUAAAGAUUUUAAAGGAAAAUGGGAACAUUCUUGAUAUCCCACCACUCACUUCUGAGGAAAUAGAGGAAAUGAUCAGUUCUUGGUUGAAGAAAGACCAUCGGAAACUGACAGCUGACCAAUGGGACUUACUACUGGAAGCUUGCAGUGGGUGCCCUACUCCUCUCUAUCUCCAGUGUGCAUACAGGGAGUCUCUACACUGGCAGUCCUGCACACCGGUCUCAGACAUUUAUCUACCACAAAGUCUGCAGCAGUUGUAUUCAGCAAUUCUUAGUAGAUUGGAGAAGGAACAUGGGAAAGAGCUUGUGAAGAAAGUAGCAGGAUUACUGACAUUGUCAAGAAAUGGUGUCACAUUUGCUGAAAUGAUUGAUCUUCUCUCUUUGGACCAGAUGGUCAUGCAAGAGAUCAGGCAAUUCCAAAAUGUUUCUCUCUGUAAGGUGCCCACAGUAAUCUGGAUGAAGCUUCAGAGAGACUUGAAAAUCCACAUAGUAGAGCAGAGGACUGACAACACUCACACAUUUAACUGGGCCCAUUCAGCAUUGAAAUUUAACUGUUUGAAGAGGUACCUGGCAUCAAAAGAUGAUCAGCUCUCUCUGCACUCAACUAUAGCAAACUAUUUUUUGGGAAAAGUAUCUGUCCUCUCUGGAAAGUCGAGCAUCUGUGGCCCAGAGGAUCUCAAUGGCCAGCCCCUGGCUUGGGUUUGCGGAGAAGAUUCUGAAGUGAGUUACACCUUCAACCUCCGAAAACUGAAUGGGGUUCCUUACCACCUGCUGCAGUCCCCGAGCCAAGUGCCAACUCUGUUAACAGAGUGUCUGUUUAAUUUCGAGUUCUUGCUGCACAAGGUAUGGGGUUUGUCCGUCAUCAGCGUGGAAGAGGACCUGAAGGGAGCAAUGACACUAGAAAGGAAAGUUGAUGACUUAAACAUACUGAGUGAAGCUAUCGAGUUGUCUAAAAGGGUCUUGCUUCAGGAUCCACGCCAGCUGGCUUCACAACUCCUCGGUCGCCUUCAGCAGAUCGUUACAGAAGAUAAACCAGUAGCUCCAGAUGACCCAAGAAAAUACCCCUAUCUUCUGCGUCUGCUGAGUCAGUGUCAAAGAUCUUCAAUCCCUUUCCUUGUGCCUUCAUUUACCUGCCUAUUGCCCCCAGGUGGUUUGAUGUACAAGACAUUGACGGGUCACACUGACAGGAUUACAGCUGUAACAGGUUUCCAGAAAGGUCUUCAAGCUAUCACUGCAUCUCGGGAUAGGACGCUGAAAGUAUGGGACCUGACCAGUGGCAAAGUUCUGCAUACGGUUCAUGGAGUUGGCAAAAACAUAGACUCCAUUACUAUGUGCAGGCAAAAUACACUGGCUGCAGUUACCGAGAACAACUCUCUCCAAGUCUGGGAUAUCCAUUCCGGAAAGCAGAUAUUUACAACCAGUAGCUCUCUAGAUCCUCCUAUAGUAAGAUCAGCUUUGGAUGGACAACAUUUGCUGGCCUUUUAUGAUGGAAGCCAUUCUGUUAAGAUUUUUGACCUGUCUAAUUGCUGCACACUGCUACACCAAGUGGACCUAUCACCGGAGAAUGACCCCAUACACAAGGAUCACACUGUUUUGGUAUCUGAGAACUCAUUGAAUGAUCAAAUUCUUUUUGCCUAUCGGAGUGGAAAAGAAGCUAUGGUGUUGAGUUCUAAAAAGGGAAAGGUCGUUGCCAAGCUGCCAGCCAGUGAUGCAGCAGCAUCCAUCCAAGGAGUGGCAGUCACCAAAGAUUAUUUCCUAGUAGUCUGCAGGUAUCCAUGCUCAAGGCUGCGUGAAGUGCUCCACAUUGAACUGUUUGGGACAUGCCUUGACUUGCGUUUCUGUCUGGCAAUCUGCAAUGGAGAGAACUUUCUGCGGGUGUGGAACCUAGCUUUGAGGAUAAAUGAUCAGUCGCUAGCCAUCACUACAAAUAAUAUGAAGAAGGCUGAAGGCAUUGUAGAAAUCACUCCUAUGAAGAAUAAUCCCAGUUAUGCUGUAUGCAGGAGCUUAAAUUCUGAAGUUAUAUCGAUCUGGAACAUAAGAAAAUCCAAGCAUAAGGGGCAGGCAGUCCAAGUGGAGAGGGGUUUGGUUGACAGAACAAACAUUGUACUGGUGAGAGAUACAAAACUCUACAUCCUUUCAGAUAAAGGCACAACCACUCAUGCUGAAAUACCUCGGCCCAUUUUCCAGACUCUCCUGAUGUAUGAUCUUCUAAAGAAAAAAUACACAACAAAGUUGACUGGCCUGCACAUUAUCCCAAGCCCUAAACAUGAAUACAGAAUCUUGGAAGGGGAUCUACUCCUUGGGUUAUCUGAAUACAGGGAUCACCUUGUUAUCUGGAACUUGAAGACUGGAUUUAUCAAAGAACGGAUCCGGCCCACGUACAAAGACCAACUUCCCCUGUUAAAUGGUCUUUCUUCUCACUCAAAGGAUGACUUCUACAGAGAGCUUCUGACGAAGCGUAAAAAAAGAAAAGGGUCAGGUAGUUCUGUAGCUUUUAUGACCCCAUGGGACAAACGUAAUGAAACCAAGACUGCACGAAAGAGAAGGCUGGAAAAGGAAGUGAAGCAGGAAAUCACAAUAUUGCAAGAGUUCUGUAAAGAGAAAUCCAACCCCAUUGAUCAGUAUCUUCUAAGUGGGAAUGAGAAGGUGGUCGUCUGCUCCUACUUUGCACACCAUCUUGCUGUUUUUAAUUUGGAAACAGAGACUCAUACACACACCCUCGAAGACAAGUCAUCUAUGUUGUUCUUGCACAACGCAGCACUAACGAACAGUGGCACCUAUCUUGUGCUGUCAAACUACAAUGAUUCGGAGAAAGUUAGUUAUGUUACUUUGUGGGAUUUGUGUGCUGGCAAGGUUAAAAAACGUUUAAAAAAUGAACCGAAUGUGUGUUGCACUGCAAUAACGAACUCUGCUGACCGAAUAGUGUUUGGAGUUGUGGAAGCAAACAGACUCAAGGUGUGGGAUCCCUUCAGAAAAGGACACAAGUCUAUCCCUGGUUACAAAAACCUUAACUUUGGUACAAACAGUGCAGUGCACUUGAUAGAUGGUGGAUCAAAAGCUAUUGUUCUGGCAGGUGAUCUAAGUGUAUGGGAUCUAGAUGGUGGGACUGUACUAUCAAUUUUUACUCCUGACAAUGCCAUUACGACCAUGACUCUAGCAAAUGAAAGCAACCUCAUUCUUGUUGGCAUGAGCAACAACCCUGUCCUCAUCACCUUAAAGCUGACAUCAAAUAAUAAAGUUCAAUUAAAUUCAGGAGGAGAUAUGUUUGGAGAAGCAUCCAGUAGCAAUGAAGAUGAUGAAAAUUACAAAUAA